AACACCUGCACCCCGCGACCGGUCCGCCUGACUGAACGCUUGCACCACGCAUCGCUUUGCUCCGCUCCGUCUACAACUCUUCCUCUGUUCCUCCACUGGCCACGGUACAACCAUGGCGGAAACGGAAACUUCUCCGUGUCACACCACAGGUGAAUGCGCAAACGGCGGCCACUCUGCCAUAGUCUCCUCAGGUACCGGAGCAUGCGGUGGGGACGGCAUCCCCGUCGUCGAUUUCGACGUCCUCGUCAACGGCGCCGCCGAUCAACGGGCGCAGGCGAUCCGGGACCUCGGCCGGGCGUGCGAGGACUGGGGCUUCUUCAUGGUGAUAAACCAUGGGGUGUCCGAGGCUCUGAAAGAGGCAGUGAUGGAGACAUACAAGGAGCUGUUGAGUUUACCGGAGGAGGGGAAGGCGGAGUACUUGGAGGCCGGGCCAAUGGAUCCUAUACGCAUCGGAUCAGGUUUCUACUCUGUCGUCGACGGCGCCAGGUACUCGAGGGACUACCUCAAGAUGUUCGCGCACCCUGAGCUCCACUGCCCUGCAAAUCCUGCGAAGUUAAGGGACGUUGCUACGGAUUACGCGGCGAAGACGAGAGGUCUGCUGCUGCAGCUCGCGAAGGCGAUCUCCGAGAGCCUGGGCCUCGACGGCGGUCGCAUUUCGGAGGCCCUGAGCCUCGAGUCCUGCUUCCAAAUCCUUGUCGGGAACCACUACCCGCCGUACACCGGCCCGGACAAUGUGGGCAUGGGACUGCCCGCUCACUCCGACCACGGCCUCCUCACUCUGCUCUUCCAGAACGGCGUCGAUGGGCUCCAGGUCGAGCACGACGGCCAGUGGCUCCUCGCCGAGCCCCUCCCAGGCGCGUUCUUCGUCAUCGCUGGCGACCAGCUGGAGAUUGUGAGCAACGGGAGGUACAAGGCCGUGCUCCACCGCGCGGUGGUCGGUGGCGAGCGGGCGAGGAUGUCGUUCGUGAGCAUGGUCUCGCCGUGCCUGGACGCCGUGGUCGAGCCUGUCCCGGAGCUGGCGCGUGACGGCCAAGGCCUGGAGUUCCGCGGCAUCAGGUACAGAGACUACAUGGCGCACCAGCAGAGCAACAAGCUCGACGGGAAAGCAGCGCUGGACAUCGCGCGGGUGCAGCGUGACAUCUCAGGGCGCAUUGAGCAACACAACUGAGAUUGCUUCGGCAGGUUACUCACAGUAGUAGUAUAAGUUGGUAAUCUUAUGUUUAUGUCUAGUAGUAAUGCGAUCGAUCAUCAAUGCAUGCCAUGGAAUAUUUAACAAAUUCAGCUAUUUCCAAAGUUGGACAUACUUUGCGGCUAAAGGAUAUAUUGAUCGGUGGUCUAUUGUUCUUUUAA